ACAGGCAACAUGUUCUCUGUCUCUUCAGUCUGACUUCUCUCAGAAACCAACGAUCUUCAAGUCAACGUUAAUCACCCCUUCCAAAAAUCCUGAAAACCCAGGUGGUAACAAUGGCGGAUGAAGAAGGGUCAUCAUUGUUGUUAUCAUCUCCUCCGACAGAGACAGAGUCUUCUGUUUCUGGGUCUUCACUUGUGUCUGAAAUAUCAAAUUCUGCAACCAGAGCUUUUGUCAUAGGAUUCACUUUCUCUGCAUGUGGCGCCUUUGUCUAUGGCUGCAUCGUCGGAUAUUCAGCUCCUACACAGUCCAGUAUCAUGAAAGACUUGAAUCUCUCUGUUGCUGAUUAUUCAUUCUUUGGAUCCGUAUUGACCAUUGGGCAAAUCAUCGGAGCCGUUAUGUGCGGGAAACUGGCAGAUUUGGUCGGUCGUGUCUACACGAUGUUGAUUACGAACACCCUUUAUAUAAUCGGAUGGCUCGCAAUUGCAUUUGCAAAGGAUGCAUGGCUGCUCAAUCUUGGAAGGUUUCUGCAUGGGAUCACAAUCGGGAUCGCUUCAUAUUUGGGUCCGAUUUACAUUGCGGAAAUAACACCAAGUAACCUCCGAGGAGCUGCCUCAUCAUUGUCUCAGUUGUUCGCCACUGUCGGUAUAUCUGUCGUUUAUGCUUUUGGAACAAUUGUCCCUUGGCGUGGCCUAGCUCUUAUGGGAUCCGUGCCUUCUAUUGUGACUUUGCCUCUUCUUGUCUUUGUCCCCGAGUCUCCGAGAUGGCUGGCGAAAAUGGGGAGGCAAAAAGAUCUCGAGGCAGUUCUAUUGCGAUUACGGGGAGCAAAAGUUGAAAUCUCAGUCGAAGCAACUGAAAUACUUGAAUAUUCAGAUCAUGUCAAACAAGAACCAGAAGAAGGUUUCUUCAAGCUGUUUCAACAAAAAUAUGCAUUUUCACUUAUGAUUGGAGUUGUGCUUAUUGCAUUGCCUGAGCUUGGAGGGCUCAGCGGUUUUACAUUUUACACCGACUCGAUUUUUACUGCUGCUGGUAUAUCCAGCGAUAUCGGAUUCAUAACGACGUCUCUUGUUCAGAUAUUGACAGGCAUUUUAGGUACUCUACUGGUUGACGUAUCCGGAAGACGUUUACUUCUACUGGUUUCUCAAGCUGGAUCCUUUUUGGGUUGCCUUGUCAUUGCCAUCUCUUUCUUCUUGCAGGACCGGCAUUUAUGGGAAACAGGAGCACCUAUUUUGGCCCUUGCUAGUGUUUUGGUGUAUUUCGGAUCGUAUGGAUUAGGCCUUGGAACGAUACCUUGGAUAAUAGCGUCUGAGAUUUAUCCGGUGGACGUAAAAGGAACAGCCGGUACAAUAUGUAACCUAGUCAGCUCCAUAAGCGCAUUGAUCGUCGCCUAUUUCUUCAGUUUCUUGCUUCAGUGGAGUUCCGCCGGAACAUUUAUCAUCUUUGCAUGUGUGAGUGGUUUCGGAGUUGUAUUUACAGCGAGGCUGGUUCCAGAGACAAGAGGCAGAUCUUUGGAAGACAUACAAACUCUUCUUACUCCAUAAAAAUCCAAAUUAGGAAUAUGUGCUUUUUUUUAUUUAUUUAUUAAAAAUAAUUCUGAUUAAUUUUUGUAAAAGAACUCGUCUCUAUGAUAUCGGCUACCGUUGUAAAUGGUAGAUAUCGUCAUUUUGGGUACUA